AUGGUACAGAACGCGCUCCUCCCGAAGCCGCUCCCCGCAGACUCCCUUGUCGUUGGCCAACUGGUCACAGAGCCACUACACCCAGAACGCGAAUCUUUCUACCCCGAUAAGGCACAUGCAGAGGUGGACGAUCUGAAUGACUUCCAUAUCCAGCUCCGUUACAAAGACCUCUACUCGGUCGAUGCCGAAGGCCGAUUCACAACCAACUAUGGCGCGAGGUUCGAUUUGGGAAAGAUAUACAGACAGCCUAAUCUGCUUACUGUCAAGGCCGAGCAGAUGAUACAGCGGACCACGCAGUCAUCAUCAAGGGCCUUCCAAGCUGUGUGCAGCGACCCCGAAGCACGCAUCUGGAUGGCCGAGCAGAUCAGGGCGGGCAAGCCCCUCUACAUCGUCCUUGGCCUGACCGAGCUCAAGAACGCAACUUUCAAGCGCGCCAAACUGCGUGAUGCAGGUGCCUCGAACCGUAUCAAUGAAACGCCCAUCGAAAGGGACGCCAAAGUUCCUGGGUCCUUACGUGGCAGGUCCGAAGGCAGUUUGGGUGACAUCGGCACCGAGCCAUCUAUAUCAGGCGUGUUUGGCAUGGAUGUGCGACACGUUGCAGCGAGGAUCACAACGCCUGUGGAGCCACAUAGGCUGGAAGACAUUGGAUACAGGUGGUACUACUAUGACGUACCGGAUUCUCAGGACAAGGAACAGCUGAUGGUGGGACUGGGCGAGCAGUUGAAGGCGAACGAACUUCGUUUGAUGCUCGACCUCACAGAGGACGACGUUCAGGGCAAUCUCGACGCCAUCAGCAAGCUCAGUCUCGAUGCGUUGAGCGCUACAGCGAGCCCAAUGCUUAAGCCUAGUACGCCGAUGCUGAGAGGACGCUCGCCUUCUCCUCAUCCUACCAUGCUCCGCUCUUAG